AUGGACGUGCGUGACAUCGUGGAAGACGUCGCCGGGGCCCUUCACUCCGUACAAGACAGCGCCGGAGCGGCGCUUAAUUCUUCCGUUGGCCGCGUACAAGAUGUGGGCGAGACGGCGCUUCAUUCUGCUGCCGCCUCCGUCGGCCGUGUGCAAGAAGCCGGCACAGUUCUUCAUUCUGCUGCAGCCUCCCUUGGCCGGGUUGCCCAAACCUUGCCCCUUCCCGGCGUCCCGACCGAGCCAACCGGCUUCCCGCCGGAGCACCGGCUUCGUUUCCCUGGCUUCGUCGCACCGCUCUCCCCGGUACAAAGAGUUCCGCCGCAGCCGCCCUCGUCGCGAUCCGAGCCGCUCGAUGCAGAGGCAAGGGCGCAAGAGCGGAGACAACAAACCUCAGUGCGCUUAAGCUCGAAAGUGCACGGCGACCUAAACGACUUCUUUGUGGUAGAAAGCAAGCGAACAGCCGAAAGUAUGUCGCGCUCGGAAAGACCCGAGACUCCGAAAGAGGACAGGGACCGCCUGAGGCUGGAGGAGCAGCUGGCAAAGCUGAAGGUCGAGAGCAUCAAGAAUAUGAUCUCCACCGUGGAGUACAAUUUGGGGGAGCUGAUGCACGAGAGCCGCAUGAUCUACUUCACCAAUCAGCAAGCGCUCCACUUCUCUGACCAGCGCAUGCCAGAGGUGCGUGUACACGCUUCGUGGAUGCAGAAGGUUGAAGUGCUUGCAGGUGCUGUGAUAUGGCAGGAGCAGCCAAGGAAUGUUAUCGCGAGGGAAGUGCUCCUGCCUGUGGCACAUCAGACGGAAGCCCUGAUCGUCGGGAGGAGCUCUUGCAGUUUGACCAAUGCCUUCGCAGAGGUCAGUGAGCCCCUUCAAAACAGCCUUGGAGACCAAUGCAAGUUUCAAUUGGUAAUUUUCGAGCAUGCGCGCAAUCUGCAAGUGAACACCAAGCUGAAGCCAGACAGUUUGGAGAGAAAGCUCCAAGACAGCAACGAUGCAUGGAAGCGUGCCGAUUUCAUCCCUGCCCUUUCUCAUCACUACGGCAUUGACCCAGUGCUCUGGCCACGCCAUCAGCUUGUUGAAGGCGCCGCGGCAUACUUCCUCUUUGAGUGCUUGAACGACCAGGGACUUCAUGAUCCACGGGCGGCCGUCCAGUUCGAGAACAUGUUCCUUUCUUCACUUCGCAAGUCUGUCCCAGUGCUCGCACUUUGGACAGGCGGCGACGUCAAUGUUUUGAAGUUCGAGGCGUUGAACUAUAUCACCAACGGCAUUCCCUUGAUUCUGCUGGACAGUAGAUACAGUGAUGAAGAACACGAGCCGCCAGCCGAGACCACUCUUGAGUCCCGUUUGCCGCGCGACCCGCUGGACGACAUCAGCAUGCAUGUAGACGAAAAAACAACGAGAAAAAGCUUUGCCAGCGAGCCGUUUCAUGAAGCUUGCCAAAAGCUGCAGCAGCACGCCGAGCGCUUGAACAGCCUAGAAACACCCCUGUACGACACGCACAUCGGGUCUGCACUGGCAUGUGUUCGUGCGGGCAUCCACCGAAAGGACAAUGAGAAAAAACAGCGAAAGGACCGAGAGCUUUGGCUUCAUGAAGCCAUCGUCCAGGCAAUGCUCGAGGGACAUCACACCAGCGCCCCUACUGACUUACGCCGCGACGAAGUCUCCGAAGCAUUGUCGGCAGCAGACAAGACCAUCAUCAAAGCGACCGACUUCUUCGUGGAUUUUGUAGCACAGCAAACAGAGCAGGAGUCGAGGAUGAUCAUGUCAAAACUGGAAGAAGCUAUCUCGGCACUUUCCAAUUGUGACGACUGGGACACACUGCAAGCCGAAUGGAAGAGCAGGUGGGCCAAAACACUACACUACUAUGCGGUCUUCAGCGGGUGGGAGGAUGUCAAGGUGGAUGAUGUUCCUGUCUUGGAAGUUCAACCGCACAAUGAUUGGCAAGCCCAAGGUCGAUACAGUCGCGUAAUACUGAAUAGACGGCUGGAGAACGACUUCGAGCGUGCACAUAACGCUUUGAAGGCUAUGCUGUCAUCUUGGCUGGAGGAGGCGAAAGGCUACGACAGGGUGAAAAAGCGAGCGGAGGUUGUCAAGAGCGACAAGAGGCUUUGGCUGGCUGCGUACGAAGUCUUGAAGUCCCAUGACGUGGACAGCUGCGAGCUCAGUGAUCAUCGGAGGCUGAGGAACCUCGUUCAGAAGCACUCGCGCUCUGACCGGCUCCCUGACAACAGUUCACUGGAAGGCCUAUUGCUUCUCCGCUGUGCUUGGACUUUGGCAGAUGUUUUCAAUGAGAAGGCUGCGAGAUUGAAGCUAAUUGCCAAACUCUCUUUUGCCUGCUUGCUUCUCUUGGGCGUCGUGAUCACUUUUGUAACUACCUCGGCAUGGACUGCCGAAAUGUCGGAGGACGCCAAGAAGUUCACGGUGUUGGGAUUGGGCCUGGCUUCCUCGAGCUUGGCUGCUUGGACGACCUUCACGGAUCCCACGAAGCAGUGGAUGAAGCUUAGAACCGCUUGCCAAAGGCUGCAAGCUGAGAUCUGGAUGUUCAGGACUCGAGUUGGCGAUUAUGGAAGAGCAGACUUUACCCACAUCAGCGUCGGAUCCGAUGAGGGUGAGCGACAGGCCGAAGAGCGCUUUCGCGACAACAUUUUCGCGAUUGCAGAUGCUGCACUUGGCCCGAAAGACCAGUUUGCGAACCACCUGACGACCGACGAAGUUUGCAUCCGUGUCGAUGGAGAGAAGCACAACAAAGAGGACAGGAUUGACAUGAUGAACGAGAGGCUGAAAGCAAGCAACUUGACACCCGCACACCACAGCCACAAGCAGUACCCCGAGAUCAAAAGUGAUUCAGAUAAACUGAAAACCCAUCCAGACCAAGAGACUCAUCCCGGAGCUGACCGAGACAGUCACCAUGCGCCGGCGAGCCCUGAAGAGUACAUCAUUUGGAGAUUGAGCCCCCUGCGUGCCUUCUAUGGUCGCCGCAUCCCACAGGUCCGGCGCACCCGCUUGCUCAUGCAGAUAUUCUUCAUGGCCUCAACCAGUGCCACGGCAGUGCUUGCGGCAGCAGAUCAGACAGCUUGGACACCUAUCGUCGUGGCAAUCUCCGCCGCUCUCGCGUCUUGGCAAGAAUUCCGCGGUGUGGACAUGAAGCUGGAGCGCUAUGGCGCUGUGGUCGCUACUCUCCGAAAUCUGAUGCUUUGGUGGCAGACGUUGCCAGAAGCCGACAAGGCCAAUGUCCGUCAUAUCGAGAGGCUGGUGGGCAGAUGUGAGAUGGCUGCUUCUUCGGAGCUUGCAGCCUGGUUGAGCGAUGCACAGCAGGAGGCUAUCCCAACACCAAGCAGCCGUCCAGGUCGUGGCCAAGCUUCAUAUUUGGCUUCACACUCUGCUUCUGUCUGCUUCAGAUGCCCUGGCCGUGGGCUGAUGUGGCGGAGCAGCUGCCAGAGAGGAAUAGUGGCCUUGCUGAUCUUUGUGGAAAUCCACGGGGCGUGA